AUGCCCGAAAAUCCUAUUCCACUCUCGCGUUGCCAAACCAAAUACGCAAACAGGAGCAUUCGAACAGAAGCACAGAAACAGAAAAAUCUAGAUGAUCGUGCCCAAUGGAGAGCAGACAACCCAGUAGCCAACGCCCAGAAGAUCAGAGUCAGAGCCGCAAAACAAGUACGCAAGAAAGCUAAUAAAGCAAGACGUGAAGCAGAGGCUGCCGCCGCCGCCGUCGGUGUUUCUGCGCUCGACGAGGGCGUGUCUGGUGGUUCUGCGUCUGGCUUUGCUAUGUCCGCUCUUGGACAAAUGUUAAUGACUUCAGCGGCUGUUGCCAGUGUUUCUGCACUUAAUAAGGCUUUUGUACGGGUUUUUUCCGUCUUUCGGAGGCGUGGAAUACCUUUUUCACUAUAA